AUAGGGAAAACAGGUGCCUAUCUGCAGUUCCUCAGUAUUUUGUCCCGAAUGCUGAUUAGACUGACAGAAGUGGAUGUUUAUGAUGAGGAAGAAAUCAACAUUAACAUAAAAGAAGACUCUGAUCAAUACUACCAUCAGCCUGGAGACAUGUGGCCAGAUUUGGAGACAUUUAAGAAGAUGCCUUUUGACUACACUAUCCAUGACCCGAAAUAUGAAGAUGCAAGUCUGAUUUGUUCAAAGCUUCAGACUAUAAACAGUGAAGACAAAUCAAUGAGCAGGAGACAGGAGGAUAUGUAUACACGUCGUCAAACAACUAGGAUGAGGUUGUCCAAGUACGCAGCAUAUAACACCUACCAUCACUGUGAACAGUGUCAUCAGUAUAUGGGUUUCAAUCCCAGAUACCAGCUUUACGAGUCCACUCUGCAUGCAUUUGCCUUUUCCUAUUCUAUGCUAGGAGAAGAGAUCCAGCUGCAUUUUAUCAUUCCAAAGUCAAAGGAGCAUCAUUUUGUCUUUAGCCAACCAGGAAGACAAUUGGAAAGCAUGAGGCUACCACUAGUCACAGAUAAGAGUGAAGAUUACAUAAAAAGCCCCACUUUUACUCCCACCACUGGUCGUCAUGAGCAUGGACUUUUCAAUUUAUAUCAUGCAAUGGAUGGAGCCAGUCAUUUGCACGUUUUAGUUGUCAAGGAGUAUGAAAUGGCCAUAUAUAAGAAGUAUUGGCCCAACCACAUCAUGCUUGUUCUUCCAAGCAUUUUCAACAGUGCAGGAGUAGGUGCUGCACACUUCCUGAUAAAAGAGUUGUCGUACCAUAACUUGGAGCUUGAACGAAACCGGCAGGAGGAGCUGGGGAUAAAACCCCAGGAUAUUUGGCCUUUCAUUGUCAUUUCAGAUGACUCCGGUGUUAUGUGGAACGCAGUAGAAGUUGAUUGCUCGGGAGACAGGAAAAGUGACUAUACGUGGACUGAAAGGAACGUUUCCUUGAAGCAAAUUCUGCAACAUAUUGAAGCAACUCCCAACGUCACUCACUAUGCCUUAAUUGGGAUGAGGAAAUGGUCCAGUAAAACAAACAGUGCUGAGAUCAAGGAACCAUUCUCCUGCUGCCAUGUGCAUGAUUUCAUUAUGCUGAAUGUGGAUCUGACGCAGAAUGUACAGUACAAUCAGAACAGAUUUACGUGUGAUGAUGUUGACUUCAACUUGCGCGUCCACAGUGCUGGCCUUCUCAUCUGUCGGUUCAAUCACUUCAGUGUCAUGAAAAAGCAAAUUGCAGUAGGAGGACAGCGAUCCUUCCACAUUAAGUCUAAGGUAUCUGACACUCCAGUUUCAAUCUCCCCUGCUCAGUACAUUUGUGCUCCUGACAGCAAGCAUACCUUCUUGGCAGCACCUGCUCAGUUGCUCCUUGAAAAAUACCUCCAGUAUCACAGCCAUCGCUUCUUCCCUCUCUCCCUGAAGAAUUAUAGCCAUCCAGUGCUAUCUGUGGACUGUUACCUUAACUUAGGACCACAGAUUGCAGUUUGCUAUAUGAGUUCUCGGCCUCACUCUCUGAAUAUCAGCUCCUCCGGUUUGACAUUCAGUGGUCUACUGCUAUACCUCUGUGACUCCUUUGUUGUAGCUAGCUUUUUGAAGAAGUUUCAUUUUCUUAAAGGUGCCACCCUGUGCGUGAUUUGUCAAGAUCGCAAUUCUCUUCGCCAGACUGUUGUCCGGCUAGAGCUAGAAGACGAAUGGCAGUUCCGACUGCGGGAUGAAUUCCAGACUGCCAAUGCGAAAGAGGACAGACCACUUUUCUUCCUGACAGGACGACAUAUUUAAUUGAAAAGAGACACAUUUCCUGAAUGAUACAAGAGACUAAUUGCCACCAUCUCAUGAAAUCACUUUUGAGAGGCUCUGCUUUCUGAACAGAAACAGGACUGUUUUCCAUUGUUUAUUA